CGCGGCUCGCAUGGUCCCCCAAGCAGUCGCCGUGUCACCCUUCUCGACGCUGCCCAGGUGCACCCGGAGCCGUUUUGAUUGCCACGCCUAUCAGAUGCCCCCUUCGCCCAUCGCCGCGCCUCAGCCACUCGUGAUAAUCCCCGGUCAGGGAGACAAGGAGCCAGCCCUGUUAUAGAGGCCGCCGCUAUGAUUGCGAGACACCUCACAUGCCAAUGGCCCUGUGUUUCAUCUAGCACCUGCGACCACUAGCCGCGCUGUGGUAGAGAAUGCAGCCUGAAUCGAUCAGAAGGGCUGAUUUGCUGGGUGCGUAUCAUGUGUCUUGGAUACUUCGUGACGCCUGGAGAUAGUUGGUUCCAUCUCCAACCAUCUACGGCGUACCCGAAAGGCAAUCUCCUUCAUGCGAGAUCUGCCCUAGGUCUCGAAUCUCUUGCUCGAGCAGCUCAAUAGACCGGCCACCCCUGACAGCCUCAGAUCACCACCUACAAGGUACAAGAAGGGAGUCGGCUGUUGGUCCAGUUCACGUAUUAGGAAAUCCACUUCGCGACUAAAUUUCAAAGGGUAUGGAGGCGAGGCCAAGUGAGAAAGACAAUUGCCCAGGGCUGUAUUGUAC